AGGUAGGUAAUCUAAAAGGAAAAAAAUGUUAAUUUACAACAGAUGUUUAGAUAUAGUUAUCUCAACAGUAUUCAUUGUACUCGUAGCUAUACGGACAAUUUUAUCGUUGAAAGUACUAAAUGAUUAAAAAAAUCAAAAAUAAUUAAAACAAUUUCGUUCGAAUAAGAUAUUCCAAGGUCGCGUGCAGGAAUAUUGACCGUAGGGGGGGGCAAGGUCAAAAGAACAUGUCAUUUUUAUUUUAAAAUAAAAUUAUUAAUAAAAUUAUUAAUAUAACUAUAAUCGCGGAAGCCAUUGAUUUGGUUCGAAAAAACUACACAAAUUGGCAAUUGCUUGCAAUUACUUUUAUUUAUUGUAAAUUCGUCACCUGUUAUUUUUCGCAUCUACUUGAAGAUGGUUGGAAAAUAUUUGUCAAAACUUGAGAGUGGAAACUUCAUAGACGAACUAGUGAAUAAACCUACUCCGAAAUGUUCCUCUUUCUAUUGGAAUAAUUAUUAUAAAUAUAAAGUAUUUAUCCCGACCAAGAAUCGCCUUAUAUAUUUCAACAUGGAAGAGUACAACGCACGUGACAAAAUCAAUACGAAUUUGGAAUUUGGCAAACAGUGGAGACUUGCAACAAAAAAUGUUUGCUUGGCAGUAGGAAAAAACGAAAUAGACAAGAAAAUACUUCGUAAAAUUAAGGAACUAAAAAUAUGUUUGUCGAACAAGCGAAGACAACUUCGACUGAAGAAUGCAAAAAAUGACCAAUUUUCCAUUCCUCUGGAAAGCUGCAAAUACUACGUACUACUAGUCUACGAUGUCAAAGACAUUGAGCAUGUUAAUGAUAAAGAUAGAUAUAAAUAUGCAACAUUUUGUGAACGUAUCUGGCUUUCUGAUGAUGAAGAUCAAGAGUUAAUCGAUUUGUUUGAUACCACAUUUGAAGUGAUUGCGAAACGUUUUUCAAAUGAUUUAAAACGUAAAGUUUUUUGUUAUAAUCGCGCAAUAUAUUAAUAAAAAUUCUAACAGUGCUAAUAAUACAAAGCAUUGUGGGGGGGGGGGGGGGUUACGCAUCUCGACUAUACUCCAUAUAUUUUCUUGUAUUGAAAAUAUAUUCAAUAAAAUAAAAGCAGUGUUUACUGUUGAAUUUAAUAAUUAUUUUAAACAAACCGGUCUAUAAUAAAAUUAUAAGUUAUAGUUUUUAUUAUUUUUUCAACAUUAUAUAAUCAUGUGGUGUAGGAGUUAAAUUUUAACAAUUAUAUUCAUAUUAUAAUAUUAAGUAUAUAGGUAUGCCACGUUUAUUAUUUUAUACAGCGCGACUAUUUAACCAUUAUUGUAAAUCGGAAGAUAAUGAAUUUAUAUUUUAUUUAUAUUAUAUACUUACUCAAAUGUUACUUACAUUUUAAAUAUUUUAAUAUUAUAUACCUAAUACAAUUGUUUAAAAAAAAAAUCGAAAUUACGCAGACAUAGUAUAAUAAGUUACCUACUUGUAUGAAAAUAUUAAAAAAUUAAUUACAUAUUUACAUGUCAUGAAAUGUAUUAAAUUAUAACUACAAUAUUAUAAACUAUAAUUUAAAAAAAGGUGGGCAAGUGGGUGUCGCUUAAAUUUGAAUUCAAUGAUAUAAUAUCAUUUUAUAAGAAAAACGAUUCUGAGCGAAGAGGGCCAGACAGCCUAUGAUAUUACCUACUAAGUAUAUUUGAUGAAAUAUUGUGAAUAAAGUAGUUUAUAUAAUAUAACUUA